AUGGGGCUCCACCGAUGCAGCAGCGGACUUCUCUGUAUAUUGGUACUAUUUGUCGUGGUGGCGACGUGGCAGCUACCUCGGUCGGCGGAACGGACCUCCUUUUUCGAUGAGACCUUCCCCCUGAUGGUGGCUGCUGCGAAGCAGAAUUUGUACUCAGUUCUGGGAGUAAAGCGCAACGCCAGCAGCGACGAGAUUAAGAAGGCCUACAGAAAGCUCUCGAUGAAGUAUCACCCCGAUAAAAAUAAGGAGCCAAAUGCUGAAGCAAAGUUCAAGGAGAUUUCUAUUGCGUAUGAGGUGCUCAACAACGCAGAGAAACGUCAGGUCUACGAUGAGUAUGGAGAAGAGGGGCUCGAGAGGCUUCAGUCGGGGAUGCAACAGGCAUCGCACCCGUUUGGUGACAUUUUCUCUGAUUUUUUCGGUGGCGGGUUUGGAGGGGCGCCAAGAGAGACACCUAAAGCACCUCCAUCAAGCAUGAGAUUGAAUGUGUCGCUUGAGCAGCUAUUCAAAGGCGAAACAGUUGAUAUUUCCUUCACUAGACCAGUAAUGUGCAUGCAUGCCGACGACUGCUUCACAAAGAAGCCGGAUUGCAAGGGUCCCGGCCUGCGAGUUGUCACCCAGCAGAUGGGGCCUGGUUUUAUCGUGCAGAAUCAGAUCCAAGACGACACAUGUGUCGACCAAGGAAAGGCGUGGAGGCCGAGAUGCAAAGAGUGCCCGAACGGCAUUACUCAUCCGGAAUCCACGGAGCUGUCGGCCACCGUGGAGAGAGGAAUGCGCGAAGGAGACGAAAUCGUCUUUGAUGGUGUAGGAGAACAUAAAAUCGGUCAUGAACCGGGCGACUUGGUUCUUGUCGUACAUGAGUUGCCUCACAAACGGUAA